CUCCUAAGUUUAAUAUCUCGGCUACACUGAGAGCCAAACGUCAAAAUCAGUGAAAUGUCAAAAUAUCUUUGUGUGAGAUUAAUAAGUGCUCUGCAAGUACCUUUAAAAACUGUGCCAAUAAAUCUAAACAAAGUGAAACAUCUUGAAGUUAUAAACCCUUGACCCAGUACAACUUUGUCAACAUGAAGAAGAAGGUGCUGUUGAUGGGGAAAAGUGGGUCUGGAAAAACCAGUAUGAGGUCCAUAAUAUUUGCAAAUUAUAUUGCAAGAGAUACCAGACGAUUGGGAGCGACAAUUGAUGUAGAGCAUUCACAUGUGAGGUUCCUUGGAAACCUUGUCCUGAACCUUUGGGACUGCGGAGGGCAAGAGGCAUUCAUGGAGAACUACUUUGCGUCACAAAGAGACAACAUCUUCCGAAAUGUAGAAGUAUUAAUAUAUGUAUUUGAUGUUGAAAGUAGGGAGAUGGAGAAAGAUAUGCACUAUUACCAGUCAUGUUUAGAAGCUAUACUACAGAACUCCCCAGAAGCCAGAAUAUUCUGUCUGGUGCACAAAAUGGAUUUGGUGUCUGAGGAGCAACGAGAUGAGAUAUUCAGAGAGAGGGAAGAGGAACUUAAGAUGCUGUCCAAGCCUUUAGAGUGCACAUGCUUUAGAACUAGUAUAUGGGAUGAGACUUUAUACAAGGCGUGGUCGAGUAUAGUGUAUAAGUUAAUACCUAAUGUUAAGGCUCUAGAAUCUUCACUGAAACAGUUUGCUGCAAUUGUGGAUGCAGAUGAGGUGCUGCUGUUCGAGCGCGCGACUUUCCUCGUGGUGUCGCACUGCCAGCGGCGGCCGCACCGCGACGCGCACCGCUUCGAGAAGGUGUCCAACAUCGUCAAACAGUUCAAGCUGUCCUGCUCCAAGCUCGCCGCGCAGUUCCAGAGCAUGGAGGUCCGCAACAGCGUGUUCGCAGCGUUCAUAGACGGGUUCACGAGCAACACCUACGUCAUGGUGGAGAUGUCUGACCCCAAGAUCCCAUCCGAAGCCACACUCAUCAACAUCAGAAACGCGCGCAAACACUUCGAGAAACUCGAGAAGGUAUCCAGCGCGCCGCAGUAUCAAUGAAGCAAUAGCAACUACUUCGGAAUAGCUAAUGGUACUCGCUAUAAUCGUUAGGCCACUUGCAUUUUGAGUUCUGCCUGUAUACCAUUAUAAAAGGACUUGAUACUUGUUGGCGACAAAUCAGUGCCCUGAUUGCUAAUUUUUAACGUCUCCAAUUCAUUGGCGCUUCUACACUAGUUGCGCUCCGUUUUUCAUUCCAGCUGAGGUGCAAAUUCGGUAUCGCGGUAAAGUUCACACUUCACGCGCAAACAAAGACGAAAACGGAUUUUAUCACUUUCCAAUAAAAGUCCAAACAUCUUAUUUUUUCACUAAAACACAGCGAAUAUUCGUGAAGGCGUUUGACUUGAAUUUGAGAAAAAGUAGCUUUCUUUUAGCUUUUACACAAAGAAGCAGUUGCGUUUUGUUUUCGUUUGAACUAGCUGUCAUAGUGACACUUCGAUACGAAUUUGUGAUUUUCGUUCGUCGUCUAGUCACGUUGUAGUUGAAAAUAUUUAGCACAAUCGGGGCCCUGGUAACACCGGUUCUAGGACUAACCUAGCGCCGGUGAUACCAGAUUUGUCGCCAAAAAUACUAUAUCCAAAACACAUUUAGGUACAAAAUUAGGUAUGUAACUAUGUACCAAAAAGUGAAUUACAGGUUCUGAUUUAACCUGUUAGUUGUUGGACCAUGUGACUGUAUGAAACAACUGUAAUAUAUGUAUUUUAAACUUGUGAGAUAUCUAAUUUAUGUUGUUCAUUAUAUGGAAAUAAAAUGCAUAUUUUACAGUCCCUUUCAUAUAGACUCAGUGGCUCAGUCUCUUUGUUUUUAUAAACCAUAGAUAUGAAGAUAUAUCAACCGAAAGUUAUUUUUAAUUUAACGAUUUGUAAUUUUAAUUCGUUUCAUGUUAUAGAGUAAGAAACGGCAUAAAAUUCACGAAUAAUAGAGACAGAUCAAUUUACUGUUUUUAACUUAAAAAUCAGAGGAAUAAACAUAAUAUAAAUAACUCCAUCAUAAAAGGUGGCAUAACGAUUAAAAGCGACGAUGUUACAUCGGAACGUGCUAAGCACAAUACUUGCCAAAGCAAGACUUUUGAGCCCACUUGAAUACAGAUUAACGGAUCAUGCGCAGACACGCACAACACAAGGUGAACUGUUUCGGCAUAUUCUUCAAAGUCAAAAUCAAAACACUAACCUUACCUAAAUCUUGUAAAAUUGUUUCAUUUAGAAAUAACAAAACAUAAUCACAAACUAAGCAAUACUUGUACAAAAAGAAAAAUAACAACAUGCUUAAUAAAUAAUGCUAUAAAAGAUGAACACAUCAACUAGUGGAUUUUAAUGUGGCUGAGAAUAUAAUUACAGUGAUAUAACCACAUUAUUCAACUGAUUAUGAUUGUACACGUAAAUAUGUGAUUGUUAAGCUAAUAAAUGUUUUAUUUAUUUCUACAUGUACGCUUAGAAUGCCGAAUAUUGUUAGAAAAUCAUGGAUAUGCAGGAGAUUCUAAGCAAUAAAUACCACAGUUGCCUUAAUCAUCCUUUUCACAUUCCAAGUACUUAUUUCACGUUUCAAUCGAAACUUUCGAAUCUGUAUUCAAUGUCGUGGUUAUUCUUAAAUUUACGCUCAUAGUAGUUAAAGUCUAUUAUUUGUUCAUUAAAAUAAAAAAAAGUUUUCUUAUGUUUUCUGUUGGUUUGAUUAUUUCUAAAUUUUAUAGAGUUUAUACUACUAUGACAUAAUAAUAGUUAAUGACAAUUUAUGCGGGCUUUAAUAUAAAUAAUAUGUAUAUGUCACCGGUUAAAUCCGAUCUUUGGAUUACUUUAACUACUAAAGUAAAUUCAAAAUUAAUUGCUGUAAUCCUGAAAAUGUCUACUACUCUUAGCUUGCUACUCGCUGGUUGAUCCAAUUACAAAUUCUAGUUACUUAAACAAAACUUCCUUUUGUCCUGAAAUCGGGUAUAGCCGGUAUUUUAUGUACCUAUAGACGAUAUCACAGGUGAUGUUAUAAAAUAAGUGUCAUCUUUUUAUUUACUCAAGGCUCUUAACUCUCAGAGUUACAUAUUUGUUUCAAUAUAAUCGCAAUAACCCUCCUUCUGGCGCAGUCGGGUAAAAAUACGCCUUUUGUUGUUAAUGUCCAUAAUACUCCUAAUAUUUAUAUUCAUUAUUGUAUUUCACAAUUCAAAUUUGUUUAUGCUGAAACAUAUUUCUCACGAAUUCUUUCUCAGAAAAUAAAUGUUUUAAUUUUAGUUAA